AACUAUCUAUCAAAAGUAUUCCAAAAUGAGUUGUGAACCUGUGUUUCCUCCAGUUCCAUAUGCAAUUAGGGGUAUCAAUCACAAAAAAGUACAAGAGGCUGCAGAGGCUGCAAUAAAAUGGAAAAACGAGAGGGAAAAACGUUGUUUGGUUUACAAGCGUGUGAUAAACGGUCUGUCCGAUUCUAAAUGCAACCACGAAGAUUCUCAACAUUAUGCUCUUGUAAUAGAAGCUAUAAAUGACGAUGGUAUUCCUUGGUCAUAUAUUGCAAAGGUGAAGCACUUUGGAGGUAACGGGAAAGAGCCCCAUGUCUUUUCAGUUGAAGAUGUCCUCAAGAAUUACAAGAAGCAUUAAAUUGCUCUCUAGCUCUCUACACUAAGCCCUCUCUCUCUACAAUAAAUGAGGGCGUUACUGUGUUUUAACUAUAAAAAUGGUAUAGAGCCACAA